CCGAAAAUCCCAGAAUCGGAAGAGCAACUAUCGUUCUCUAGGCCUUAUUCCCCACCCAAACACGAACCAGCACUUCCAAAGUUUGAUGACAGCAGAUCUCCAACUCCAACCGCUCAACCGAAAGACAGUUCUGCGGAACCGUCGUUCCCUGUAAAGUCUCCGCCCAAACCGGAAGCUGUGAAUCGCCUGAUUGAGGACGACAGGCCUCCGGCUCCAACUCCUCCACCAACCCGAGUGCGUACGCGACAUUCACCAGCGUUUGAAGAGACCGACGACGACGACGAAGACUCUCUAAUCCAGCCUAGACUUAGAGGUGAAAUCGCCACGCUUUCGCGGGACCCUUCACGAGGCUUGAGUUAUCCCCCACAAGCACAACAGUCUCGCGUCUUUGCAAGCCGGGUUCCUGUCGAACAUUACUCAAAUCCUCCACCUCCACAGCCAGCGCCACCUCCAGGAUAUCAUCCUCGAUACUAUCCUCCUACAGCUCCACCAUACUAUCACAACCAAAACCAUACUCUCAGUAUGAGCCAAUCUGGGGGGUAUCCGAAUGUUUCUCCCUACGGCCCUCCAUCUCACGCAUCAUCUCCAUACCAAGAUGCUUGGGGCCAGUAUCCGCCUUCCUUUCCUCAGUAUGGCAGUCCCCCCAUGCAACGCCAGGAUUCCUUGGGAUCACGAGACUUCCCUAUGAGCCCUCCCAGCAUGGAGCAUAAUUCUGCUAUUGAGGACGAUACAAUUGAUGUCUUUUCCCGCAUAUCACAAGCAAUCCCUGAUCUUCACCUCCUCCUUGCAAAAUACAAGGAAACCCAUGGUCAGCUUGGUGUUCGUGAAGAACUUCUCCGAAGAGCAGAUUUCGAGCAGCAGGAGAAGCUGCGAUCUAAAGACAGCGAGAUCAUGCAUUUGAAGGAGAAGGUUAGUAACCUCGAGAGCAAGCAUUCAGGUGAUGCUAGUAGACUCCGGCUCGAAAUUGGAAAUAUGGAAGAGCAGAUGAAGGAGCUGAAGGAACAGAUCGCGGAGACUGAUACGUUCAGGAAAGAGGCAGAGGUAACUCGACUGGCUCUUGAUGCAGCGAAGACCGCUUGGGAAGCUAAGCACAAAGAGCUGGAGAGCAUCAAUGCGAAUCUGGAGAAGACAAGUACAGAAGAGAGGGAAAGGCUACAGAAAGAAUUUGAAGACUGGAGAGUAACGGCCACUGCGAAACACGACGCAGAGAAUAUUGCCCUAGCCAUUCAGUUUGACAAGAAGCUUAAGGAGGCAGACGUCCUCGCAGAGAAGCUGAGGCAGGAGGCGACGGCUGCAUUUGUGCAAGAAAAAGAUGAGCUCAGGUCAGAACACCAGAGGCAGCAGCGCGAACGAGAAUCAAGUUUCGACAGGGUGAGAAAGGAACUUGAGACCAAACUCAGUAUGGCUCAAAAGGACCGAGAAGAACUACUAAAGAGCGAGCGAGAAAGCCGGGAGGUGUGGGAAGUUGAGCGUAACACACUCAUCACGGGGCACCAGGAGGACCGCGACAGUUUGCGGCGAGGCUGGGAAGAGCAACGUGAGCUCAUGGAGUCGCAGCACAAGAAGAAUAAGGAGGAGUCCGACAAGGCCUGGAUUGAGCUUCACGCAGAUGCCAACCGCAGGGCGGAGGAGGAGAAGGCCAAAGUAGAACAGUUGACGAGGGAGAAGGAAGAGCUCCAAAAGCGCUUUGAUGAGCUGAAGGCCGAGCUUGAGAAAGAGAAGGAAGUGAUUAGAAGUGUAGCUGGGACCCUAGAAAGUGAGAAGGGCAGGCUGGAGAAGCUUCUCGCAAGUUAUGGUGAUGUCACUGAGAUUAAGAGUAGGGGUGAUACAUACUACCUAGUGUCGUUCUCCCAGCUACAAAAGCAAAUAGUAGACUUAGCGACGACUCAUUUUGUUCAUUUACCUGUGAGCCCGCCACCCGACGUCUUGGCCAAUAUUCCUCCGGAACUACCAUCUUUUCUUGGGGACACCGUUGCAUCAAGGCAACUUCGUGCAGCUUAUGUCGCCCACACUGUGUCCAAGAUGGUUACUUUUCGAGUCUUUGGACCUUUUUUGUUCAGCCUCGGCCGCCGUUACGACAAGGCUGACUCACUCUUUUCUUCCAUGAGUAACCAUAUUCGCGACAAAAGCACACGCAAAGAAGCAAUAUGGCGCCAACAAACACUCCUCGCUGCAUUCACAAGCAGCGGUGCUAAGCAACGCAUCAACACUGCCGCAGGAACCGUGGUUGACGAGAUUGUUACUGCGGUCAAGUAUUUUGCCGAUCCCAAGGAAGAGGAGGGCAUUAGGAUUGCGGUAAGGAGGAUCGUGAAGCUGGCUGCUGAAACUUGGCGAUUCGCGCGACUCGAACGAGAGCUUAUCACCGCUACCAUGCCUGCUGUCCAGGACGAGGCGCAUGGGUUCACUGGACUGGAGUACUGGCCCGCAUACAAUCCAGAAAACACACCGAUCCCGUCACUCGUCGGUACCGUCGAGGAGUUGAACGAACAGCCCAAACUGCUCUUGAGGUUAUUCCCAGUCAUUUACCGUGAGCCUAGGCACGAAUGUUUCCGCUCAUCAGAAGAUGAGAAACCGGAUAAGGGGUGCGUCUAUCACCAUGGACUUGCCUUGUACGAUGAUGCAGAGCCAGUGGUGGCAAGGGCGGAGGAACUCAGACAAGCGGGUUUGCCUCCCAUCACCAACACUUCUCCGACUGCUGCUGAUUUUCCGCCGCCUAUGAUCCCUCCACCUAGGAAGCCGCCUCCCCCAACACCUGAGAUAGCUGGAGAAGAUCAAAUCAAAUCACCCGUUCUGCCUCCAUGUCCAUCUCAGGCAACUGAGUUGCGG